AAAUUUCCCGAACGGAAAAGAGCACAAGAUUGUAUUGAAUUAUUGAAUUCACGCUCUGUCCUCGUCUGCUUCUAUCCCUUUUCUUCUCGUCACUUUGACGUGUUGGCUUUCUUGUGUUCAAGACUUGAGGGCCACGGGCCUACUUUACUCGACUGAUGGCUUCUUUCGGGAUGGAGUCUUCCAUGGCGUCACUUCCGCCCGUCGAUCAAGACCACAUUGAGGUUCCUAUCAUUGAUGACAAUGAGCCCCUCAUCGAGGUCGUACGCAAACUUCAAAACUAUAUGAUACAAGCGGUCUCCGAGGUCUCAUAUUCUUUUGAGGAAUUAAGAUUCUCACCUUGCGGACAGAAGCUUAGGUUACUGCUGUACUCAUUGGCAGAGAACUCGCACAACCCAUGUAUCAUCUCUGCACUGAUGAUCCUGAAGUGGGAGUUCAACAAUGCAGCCGAAAAUGACUGGGGUCUGAAUGAAGGCCGCGGCUAUGCAUGCGAAUACGUAGCAUGGCAGUUUCUCUGUCACAUCAAUCAGCGCGAGACUAUCGAGUACUUGCUAGAGGAGCUACCUAGCCCCGUGUAUACCUCGAUUAGCCUCACCCAAGCAGAAAGAGGCGCAUCGGGUUUCGCAGCGGCAGGCGACGAGCAAAGUUUCCAACGGGAAGGAGAACGAACACCCCUCCUUCUGCAUUCAUCUUCUUCGCUGUACCGAUUCUUCGGCGGCAAGAGGCGCGCAGGUAGCACCUCGGAUAUAGCAAAUUCUGGAAGUAACGUUUCCUCUGCGGACGCGUAUGAGCUUAUGAAGUACUCCAUGUUCUUUGGACUGAGCGCCUUGGAAAUAGCAGCCAUCGCAGAAGCAAAGAAGUUCCUCAGUCAGAAAGUUGUUCAAAAGGUCAUUGAUAAUAUCUGGAACGGGGAGAUUGUGUUCUGGGACUCGCUCAGUGUUCAUUCCACCAAGAAACCUCAGUUCUUCAACAAAAGGACCGCGGAUCCAUACUCCCGCUUGAGGGUCCCGGUAUACCGCAAAGCCUUUGAGGCUGCAUUCUUCGUCUCCUUCCUGUUUCUUUACUAUGCUGUCUUGGUGGAGAGAAAGUCCACCGGAAUAGGCAUCUUCGAAACAUUGAUGUACAUUUGGAUUGCUGCUUUUGCCUACGACGAAUUCAGCGGCAUGACUGAUGCGGGGAUGGUCUUCUACCAGAUGGACUUCUGGAGUGUCUGGAACAUAGCCAUCAUCGGUACCGGUCUUGCCUUCAUGAUCAUAAGGGUUAUCGGUCUGGGGAAGAAGAGCGAUUACAUCACUGACCUCUCUUUCGAUAUCCUGUCCCUGGAGGCUUUGUUUCUAGUUCCUCGGAUCUGCUCCCUGACCAAAGCGUUCUUCCGAUUUAUCCCUGUGAUUGUAGUGUUGUACCUAGGGUUCUUGACCACGUUUACCAUGCUUGCCCGUGACCGCCUCUCUCUCAGGCAAAUGUCAUGGAUUUUGGUGAAGGUGUUCUUUGGGUCGAACGUGCUGGGCUUCGACAUCGCUCACGAUAUUUCCCCGAUCUUCGGCUACGGUUUGAUGUGUGUUGUUCCCGUUCCCUUUUACUGCUGUUGCUGUACUACACCUACUCCGUACUGCGCCACAGAUGCCAUGGGACGUGCCGGUCGCAUACGCCUGUGAUCACGUUUGGCGUUUCCCCUGUCGAUUUCCCCUCUCUAUCCUUGAUCUCAGUGCCAGUUCUGUUCUUGCUCAGGUGCAUCUGAAGGUGGCGAUGCCAACAUCAGACAUCAUAGGGUCGCGGACCUAAUGCUCUGAAGGCCCGUUGGUGAGCGCCG